AUGAUGUUACAUUACAGAAGGUCUCGGAUUGUUUUAUUAGCAUCUUUGCUUGCGACCACAAUUUGGCUUGGGUAUCUUCUUUGGAAUCUGCAUUCACAACCAAUAGAAAAUCCGGAAAACUUCACUAGACGAAUAAGACCCGUAGCUUUUGCUCCAAAUCAAUUUGACACCAAAGCAGAAGAAAUUCGAAGACUUAAGGACGUGCGAGGUGUCGAAAUCAGAACUCUUGAGGGCUUCAAUAAUAUAGAGCUACCUUCUACAUUUCCAGAUUAUCAACCAUUUGAUGCAAGGUUUACAUUUGCCAUAUUAUUGCAUUAUCUAGAAAAAUAUGAGCAUGACGAACUACCUGGUUUCCAUUGGGCAGAUUUUACAAGUAUGGAACCAUUGGAAAAGUAUCUUUUCAGUGUGAAGAUGUCUUGUUCUGAUUUUGAUAUUAGAACACAUAAUGCAUCAAGGGAUACUAAGGAAGACAGGAGGAAUCCAAACAGAUACUGCAUUGAUGAUACGAAUAUACCAAAAUUACUUGAAACUUCAAAAGAUGAGGAAUUAGUUAAAAGUUUGAAAUAUAUUCAACAACAAAAGUAUUCGACUGGAUUUCAUAUGUUUACGAAUUGUGGCAGACAGUCCUUCGAGUUCCGUUCUAUAAUAGGUAGAUCUUAUUUAUAUGAGUUUAUGCCACCACCACAAUCAUUAAUUCUUUUGUUCCCUGAAUUUAAGGCAUUCCAAAUUGAUAUAAACCAAGACAAAAAAUUGAAAUUGAUUCAAUAUGCCGAUGUAAUAGAAAGAUCCAUAAAUGUUAAGGAUCAACUCACUAAGUUUAUGAAGACUUUACCCAUUAAAGCGAACCCAAUUCCUUACAGUAUUGAAUUGAAUCAUGAAGAAUUUAUAGAUAAAUCGCCAGAAAUAAUGCAGACUUUAAAUGAUUCAGAAGAGCCACUAUCAGAGAGGGAUCAAGCGUAUUUAGAAGGAUUGAAGUAUUCUUCCGCAAUCAAAUGGCCCAGCAAGUAUUUCUCUGAAGCGCUUAUACUCAAAUCACAAAGGGGAUUUUCGGCCGGUCUGCAUUAUGAUUGGAGAUUUUACAAUGGAAAUGUAGUCAAUUCUCCCAAGAAUGAUAUGUCUAUCCAUGGAUUAUUAAAGGCGAUGUUUAAGCUAGCAAAUGCAUAUGAUAUCAAAUGUUGGAUUGCACAUGGAUCAUUGCUAUCCUGGUACUGGGAUGGUAUGAAAUUCCCAUGGGAUAGCGAUGUUGAUAUUACAAUGCCAAUUGACGAGUUGCAUAAGUUGGCCAGACUAUUUAACCAAAGUCUCAUAGUUGAUUUUGGUAAUGAUAUUGAUCUGCAAAUUCGUUAUGGUAGAUACUUUUUUGAUUCUUCAACGUUUAUUAGCAGAAGAACCAUGGAGAAUGGAAGAAAUGUUAUUGAUGCAAGAUUAAUUGACAUAGAUACCGGUAUUUAUAUUGAUAUAACGGGAUUAGCAAUAACCACAGCUAAAGCUCCCGAACGUUAUGAUUUUUUGCUAAAAUCAACUAAAUAUGAACGUGACUCCGAAAGAAAUCUUAAAGAUAAGUCAGUUGCUGAAAAUGAUACCAAUACAUUCUUACAAGCUUAUAAUUGCAAAAAUCACCAAUUCUUCAGGCUAAAAGAAUUAAGCCCAUUGAUGCUAUCUUUAUUUGAUGGAGAAUUCACAUAUGUCCCAAACCAAAUAUCUAGAAUUCUAAUGAAUAAAUUCUCUCCGAAAUCAAUUAUUAAUACACAAUACAAAGACUAUACAUAUGUCCCAAUAUUACGACUUUGGUUGAAAACAGAAGUACUUUAUGAUUUCUUAGCUGCCACUACAAAACGAACCAAGAAGGCGAUGAAAGAUAAAAAGGUUGUUCCAGAAUUAAAUGAAGAGCAGUGCUUGGAGCUAUUGAAAAGAAAAAAGGAUAUAUUAGUGGAAUAUUUAAGAACUAGAAGAUUGACAGCAUUCCAUGAUGAAGAAGUGAGGAUGAUCUUACAGGAUGAAUCUACUGAGUCAUUGAAUUACGAAGAUGGCACUUUGAUAGAUAAUACCGCAGUCUUUAGACCCGAUAUGUUUACAUCGACUAAUAGAAUCACCUAUGACAAGGCUUGGAAGCGAGUGAAUAAGCUACUCAAGGAAUAUGAAAAGAAAGGGAAAAAGGCGGUGAAAGUCAUUCUUGGACCGGACGUCAUCCCAGGAGCCAAAGCAAACGGCAACGAAAAGAAUACGAAACCUGGAUCACCAAAGGUAAGUACGGAUAAGGAUAAAGCCGCAAGUGCCAACAUAGCUAACCAACAACCAACAAAAGAGCACCAACAACCAAUAAAGAUUGAUGGCAAUCUUGAAAAUAACAAAGCAAACGAAGCUCGUCAGAACAUAGAAGAGAAGAGGAACGUUCGAGCUCCUCACCCACCCGCAAACCCUGCAGCAAAAAUGCAACAGCCUAUAGGUCUCAAGCAAGAGAGAACCAAAACUGAUGCAGCGAGUAAAAGCGAUCUAGACAAUAAAGCCAUCGAAGCCGGUAACCAAAUAGGAGAGAAGACAAAGUCCAGGGUCCAUCCAAGUUCUGGUCCACGAGUUAAACAACCAGUAAAAGCUGGCCAGCGGCCAAUGAAGUUCGAUCCAGACAUGAAAAAUGCAAAGAGAGCCUUUGAAGGUCUUCAGCGUAUGGAACAUAGGACAAACCCUCGCUUCCCUGGAAUUCCACGAGUACCCCUUCCACCCCCUACUGAGGAAGAACUAAGGAAGCGUCGUAUUGAUAGAGACGAGCAAAUAAUGAAAGCAAAUAGUGCAUAUGCUCAGCGUCGGAAGGAAGACUCUGUUAAUCCUUUUGAACGUGCUAAACAAGUAAAUCAACAAAAGAAGCUAGACAAGUUCGAAGACAAAGAUGCAAAGAGUGGAGAACAAAAGGUGAGAUUAGUGGCACCCAAAGCUGAGGCGCGUCAUUCUGGAAAGGUCGUAUCACUGAGCUAG